UAAUUAGCCAGCCAGGGUAGAAGGGUCUGGGAUUCCUUCAUGAGGUGCAACCAAAACAGCUGUUAGAAAUAGCAACCGGGAUAUUCUGGCAGGCUGUCGAGAAUUAGUUCUUGAAUACUGUUGUGGUUUUGAUCACUAAAAUGGCUGUGACUUUUGGACUCUCUUUGAGUGUUUCUUGGAUUUGUUGCCUGCUAAUUGGAGGGAUAACUUGUUUUACACUUAAAGGUAACGCUCAUGGGCAUCCUGCCUACACUCGACCUGAACCAACUGGAUCCUAUGCCCAAGCAAGUGUGGUGUCUGGUCCAAAUGCUAAAGCUACAGGCCACAAUGCCACGACAGCAGAAGCUACUGGCCACAAUGCCACGUCAGCAGAAGCUACUGGCCACAAUGCCACGUCAGCAGAAGCUACUGGCCACAAUGCCACGUCAGCAGAAGCUACUGGCCACAAUGCCACGUCAGCAGAAGCUACUGGCCACAAUGCCACGUCAGCAGAAGCUACUGGCCACAAUGCCACGUCAGCAGAAGCUACUGGCCACAAUGCCACGUCAGCAGAAGCUACUGGCCACAAUGCCACGUCAGCAGAAGCUACUGGCCACAAUGCCACGUCAGCAGAAGCUACUGGCCAUAAUGCCACGUCAAGUGUGAAGUCCGGCGCCUCAGCAGUAGCGUCCGGCCCAGGCGCCUCAGCAGAAGCGUCCGGCCCAGGCGCCUCAGCAGAAGCGUCAGGCCCAGGCGCCUCAGCAGAAGCGACAGGCCCAGGCGCCUCAGCAGAAGCGACAGGCCCAGGCGCCUCAGCAGAAGCGACAGGCCCAGGCGCCUCAGCAGAAGCGACAGGCCCAGGCGCCUCAGCAGAAGCGACAGGCCCAGGCGCCUCAGCAGAAGCGACAGGCCCAGGCGCCUCAGCAGAAGCGUCAGGCCCAGGCGCCUCAGCAGAAGCGACAAGCCUUGAACAGACCACUCAACUAGGGAGAUCAUAAUUUGGUUUCGCCAACUCUUUAAUCGUCUUAUCCCUGUUACUGUGCCUCUUGCAGAAAAGGGUAAAGGUAACUGAGGUGGGGAAAUGUGCGAACUAAUGUGCUUGUUUGAAAUGAGGAUCUCCUUCACUUGUACAUCAUCAUGCAAAUUGUAUACAGGGGUGUAUGAUACAAUGUUAUGGAAUUGUUUUUAUAAACAUACGACUAAAUUUACUUCUGAUCUAGUGAUAUUGCUGACACACUUUUAGGUUCUACGGUUAUGCUUUUGAUUUAGCCUGGUGUUCCUGCUACUCUUGCAUGAUUUUGCUCAAUAAACCAUUUGACUUUCAAAAAA